GGCAGGGGCCCGGGGGCGGGGCAGUGACGGGGCAGUGGUGGGCUUGUGGUGGGUCAGUGCUGGGGUCUGUGAUGAGACCAGUGAUGGGGCAGUGGUGUGGGUCAGUAGUGGGAUCAAUGAUGGGCCAGUGGUGGGACAAUAAUGGGGUCAAUAAUGUGUCAGUGAUGGUCAGUGCUGGAUGAUGGGGUCAGUGAUGGGUCAGAGAUGGGGUCAGUGCUGGGGUCAGCGAUGGAUCAGUGGUGGGUCAGUGAUGGUCAGCGAUGGUGGUCAGUGGUGGGGUGGGUACCGUGUGUUCAGGAGGUGCAGCCAUGAGGUGGGGGCAGCGAUCAGCUGGGUGAAGCCGUUUCUAUUUGUGCACCAUGUGUGGGUGCCGAGUGGUUUGGAGCGAUGGGGGGGUGCAGGCAGGAUGGGUGUCCUGUGUCAGGGUCCAGGGUGGGGAAGUGGGGUUGCCGCGGGGCCCUGGACAGACGUGUCAUUCACACCAGGGAAGCAGAACCAGGCUCUGUGGUUGGUCAUGAGCCUGGGCUGCUUCCUGCCGCGCUGCUGCGCAGGCACUGAGGGCGCAGGAGCCGGCAGAGCAGGCAGGGUGAGUGUGAGCAGGGUGAGUGUGGGCAGGUUAAGUGUGGACAGGAUAAGUGUGAGCAGGGGGAGAGUGAACAGGGGGAGAGUGAGCAGGGGGAGAGCGAGUAGGGUAAGCACAGGGAACGUGGGUGCAGGCAGAGUGAGUGGCAGGCAGGUGCUGUUGGGGUCCUGGUGUGGGUUUGCUGGAUGGAUAGAAGAAAACCAUCACCCACUCAGGGUGCCAAUGGGGUCUUGGGGUGCUGUCUGGCCUCUGAAGGGGUCAUUGCAGGCUGAACUGGGAAUCAGGGAUCUUGGAGCUAGGGGGGCUACUGGGGGGCACCCUGAGGGUGUAGGAGGGCGAGCCCAAGCUCUCCCCACCCCCCCAGAGGGGAAGUGGAGCAGUUUGCUCAACCCCAUUCUAUAAACGGGUGUGGCGGUUCCUCCUGCCUUCUGCCUGUGGCUUCUCCUUCGCAAUGGGAACAGCCACCAGGCUGGGAGAGGGAUCCCCACCACAUGGUGAUUGUGACCCCUCAGAGGCUGUCAGGGCCCCCUGGAACCCCCAUGCUGGGGACACAUGUAAUGAGCUGGCUGGUCUGACAGGUGCCCAGGUGGCAGGAGCUAGUGGCAGAGCUGGGGAGGGGGCAAAGCCAGCACUGUGCCUCCUGCCCCUCUGCUGGUUUGGCAGUGCCAGACCUGCCUGCAAGUCUCAAGGCAAAGAUUCCUGGAGCUGGCACCAUGUGCCACUUACCUGCCACUGUUGUUUGACCUUGGACCUGCCGCUAAUCCCUAUGGCUAAUCCCUAUGAACUCAUCUGUCUGCGCUGCUGGGGAACUGUGCCCACACUGGGGCCAGUGCUGGGCUGGGGGGGACACACACGAUCUGUCCCCCACUAAACUGUGGCCUGCUUGGUUUCCUGUCAGUGAGAAGAAUGGGCUCGGUGUCAGAGGAGCUCAGCUUGGUCCCCCUGCACCAGAGGCCGGAGCUGCUGGAAGCCUGUGCCGAGCUGCUGCGCGAGGAGUGGGGGAAGAGCCGGGCGUCGAGGCUCCACAUGCUCCAGCGCUCCUCGGACGCCUUUCCCAUCUGCCUGCUGCUGCUGCAGAGCCGGGGCCCCACCGAGAUCCCUGGCCCCCGGGAGGGUCCCUGCCAGCUGGUGGGCCAUGUCCGACUCUCCCGCGUGGUCGGCCGUCCCCGUGACCUCUACGUGGAGAGCGUGGUGGUGGCCCGGGCGCUGCGGGGCCAGGGCUACGGGCGGCGGCUGAUGGAGGCCACUGAGCGGUGGGCCCAGGCCCAGGGGUUUGGCUGCCUGCACCUCACCACCCACGACAAGCAGCAUUUCUAUGCCCACCUGGGCUACGUCCUGGGUGAGCCGGUGCAGAGCGUGGCCUUUCUCAGCCCUGCCAUAUCCUCUGAGGUGCUGCGGCUCUUCUCCGCCCCUCCUGGUGCUGCCAUCACCAUCAGGCCAAGGGUACCCUCUGCCCCCCCGCCUCCCCUCCCACCCCUCACUGUCCCACCACCCCCCCCUCCACCGACUGUGAUCUGGGCGAGGGGUGUCCUGGCUGAGAACAGCAAGCAGAGCCUCCUGAAAACCCCCCACCGCGACGCCAAAGGGCUCCCCAUCUUCUGGAUGAAGAAGGACAUCUGAGGGGCUGGGGCCCCAAGACGGUGAUUAAAAGCAGUGCAGGCAGGAGCUGCCUGCUGUGGCGCUGCC